AUGGAAAAACUCUCAGGCAAAGACAAGGAGCUGAUCCGGGACAGCUGGGAGAGCCUCGGCAAGAACAAGGUCCCGCACGGCAUCGUCAUGUUUACCAGGUUGUUUGAACUUGACCCAAAUCUACUGACCCUUUUUAACUAUAAAACCAAGUGUGGAGUAGUGCCCGAGUGUCUGUCUAACCCUGAGUUCCUGGAGCAUGUCACCAAGGUGAUGGUGGUGAUUGAUGCAGCUGUCAAUCAUCUCGACGACCUGGGUUCUUUGGAAGACUUUCUGUUGAACCUGGGCAAGAAGCACCAAGCUAUUGGUGUCAAAACCCAGUCCUUCGCUGUGGUUGGAGAGGCCCUGCUCUACAUGCUGCAGUGCAGCCUUGGAACAGGCUACACAGCUGCACUGCGCCAGGCUUGGCUCAACAUGUACACUAUCGUGGUGUCUGCCAUGACCAGAGGCUGGGCAAAGAACGGCGAACACAAGUCCAACUAA